GUCUAUGAUAAAUGUGUUUCACAAAUUUAAAUAAUUUUAUGAGCCCAAAUAAUGGAUGGCCCAGAUUCAUAAGCCCACUUCAUCGUUACAAAGUGCAACGAACCACCGCCACCGGCGAACCGUCCGCCGUCCGCCACCAGCAAUGAUCCUCCUCUUACCUCGUUCCAUCCGAGCCUCCUUGCUCCGCCACCUCUCUACCACCACCACCACUCUCGAAACCCCCACGCCGCCGACCCCAUCCAAUCCACCACCACCGCCGCCAAAUCCACGCACCCGAACCCCACUAGAAAAGCAAUUCGAGACAUGGCUCCAAGCCCUCAAGCCCGGGUUCACCCAGCCCGACGUCGACGAAGCCCUACGGGCCCAGCCCGACCCGGACGUUGCCCUCGACAUUUUCCGGUGGACCGCUCAGCAGCGCUACUACAAGCACGGCAACCUCACCUACCUCACGAUGAUCGAAAUCGCAGUCUCCGGCAAGCGCUACGGCGCCGCCCAGACCCUAAUCGAAGAAGUAAUCGCCGGCGCCUGCCCCCCGAGCCUCCCCCUCUUCAACACCAUGAUCAAGUUCUGCUGCGGCCGCAGAAUCCUCUUCAGCCGCGCCUUCGACAUCUACAAAAAAAUGCUGAAAUCCGACGACGCGAAGCCGAAUCUCGAGACCUACGCAAUGCUGUUGAAUUCACUCCUGAGGAAAUUCGACAAGUUGAAUGUGUGCUACGUGUAUUUGCCCUCCGUCAAAUCGUUAGCCAAGCAGAUGAAGGCGUCCGGCGUAAUCCCCAACACGUUCGUGAUGAACAUGAUCAUCAAAGCGUAUUCGAAGUGCCUCGUGGUGGACGAGGCAAUUAGGGUUUUCCGAGAAAUGGGAUUGUACGGCUGCGAGCCGAACGCGUACACUUACAGUUAUCUCGCGAAGGGGUUGUGCGAGAAGGAUAGGGUGAGUCAAGGGUUGGAGUUUUAUAGGGAGAUGAGAGGGAAAGGGUUGGUGCCGAAAGGGACUACUUAUAUGGUCUUGAUUUGCGGCCUUGCGAUGGAGAGGAAGUUUCAGGACUCGAUCGAGACCGCAUUCGACAUGCUGGCUAAUUCCAUGUCGCCCGAUUUGUUGACUUACAAGACCUUGUUGGAAGAAAUGUGCAGAGAUGGAAAGGGCGACGAGGCGUUCGAACUUCUUGAUGCGUUUAGGAAACGGGACACUUUUAUGAAUGAGCGGACUUACAAUACUUUGUUGAGCGCGCUGCACUUUCUAAAUCGUGACCACUAGUUUGCUUUUGGGAUGCCAGUUUUCGACAAUCGAAAUUACAAAGAUAUUUUAUUCACCUUUAAAAAUCGAGAUUUUGAUUGGAUGUGGUGAAGCUUCUAUCGGUGGACUAAUUUUUGCAUUCUUGUGUGCAAUUGAGAUCGUGGAUCUCGAUUUUCUUGUCUAGGCAUAUGAGAGGACACAAUCUUUGAGUCGAUAGCAGAUACGGAUGUUCCAAGUUCUUCGUAAGCAAGGCAUGUCGACUUAACUUCUUGCUUUUUAUUUCUCUCUAUAUUUUUGCUCGACGGAUUUUCAUUAUAGCCAUUGUCGUUGUUUCACUGUCUUUGGUAGCUAUUAAUGGAUAUUUUCUGAGAUGUAAUGAGUUCCUUUGUAGACUUUGAUGUUUUAUGUAUGCGUAUCUAUUUUGCUUAAUCUUACGGAGAUGUAAAUUUUCAACUACUAGUAACGAAAUAAUUAUGCAAUAGUUGCCUCACUAUUCGAUAAUGAAUACCUGCUGCAGGCAAUUGUUUUUUCGUU